AAGCCGCCAACGCGAAAGUGCUGGAUGCUGGUAACAUCGCUAAUCACAAUCCAUGACGGAGACGCUAUAAAACGUUAAAAAGCCUCCAUGGAAGUCUGGAAGGCUGCACGCCGCCGUUCUGCCCGCAAGCUUGGCAAACAGACAGCAUCGCAUCUGCAACACCAUCGUCGGCGAAGAGGCUAGGCCGACCAGUAGAUAAACCCACAGGCGGGAACUGAGGGACAAGCCCUGAAUAGCACGCUUUAGCGAAAAUGGGAGCAUAUUGGAGUGCGUUUCGGGCCGCAGAUCCGGACGUUUAUCUUGGUUACACAACCUACAAAGUUGUGAAAGUCAAAGACAGAUAUCUAGGGCUUCUCUACUAUGGCUCCAGUACCUGCAUCUUCGCCUAUAUCCUGUGGAAUAUCUUUUCGCAGGAACUGUAUCUGAAAAGGUCUGCUCCGACUGCCGGCUAUGUCAGAUCAAGCGCGAAACUCGCAGCGGGCCUGCCGGAUCCCGCGUAUUGCUCGGUCACGCCCGUCCUGGAGGCCCGAACCGCCUUCGGAGGCUGUCUCCACUGGCCCGCUGAACGGAUCGUCUUCCCCUACGACGGCGAGCUGGGCACGCUGUUCAUCACCACCCGGGUUACGCUAACCCAGACCCCGCCGCCCGUUGCGCCCUGCACCAACUAUAUAACCGACCCGAACUGCCGCGCCCCGUCCCUCGAUGAGGUCAAGCAGACUGCCAACUCCACCACCUUCUACAUCGCUAACGUCGAGGACGUCAGUCUGCGGCUUGACCACGGCGUUCUUGUUCAAUUCGGCUCGUCCCUUCUCAGCCCUGAAUCCAAAACCAUCCCCGCCGUGAGCAUGGAAGGCAAAAUGGAAAUUUGCCGUGGCCGGAACGCAUCGUUGGAGCAGCGAUUGACGUGGGACUCUGCGUACCGUGCCAACAAGAGCACGACGAAUCAUCUGGAUACCUUUCCGUUGAGGGAUUUGCUUGCGGCCGCGGACUGUAAUACUAAAGAUUGGGGCUCGUUGGAGCAGGAGUCCACUGCGGAUGGCGCUCAGAAGGGGGAGUCACUGAGGACUAAUGGAUUUGUCAUCUCCUCACCCAUCAUUUACUCCAAUGUCAGAGGGAAGCAGCAAUACCGCUACAGUUACAAACCGGAGCGAAUCGCCAACACAGACUACAAAGCCACCGAGUCCAUCUUCCAACCCGACGGCUCAAUCCUCUACGUCUCCCGCCGCGGCAUCCGCGUCGUCUUCGAACAGGACGGCUCCAUCGGCGUCUUCGACUUUAUCUCCCUCCUCACCGCCCUCGUCGCCGCCACCGCGCUCCUGCGCGUCGCCACGCUCAUCGUCGAGUCCCUCAUGCUGUGGGUGAUGCCCCACCGGCACCUUUACAAGGACUCUAAGUUCGAGUCAACGGAAGAUUUCAGCGACAUUCGCGACCGGCAGGAGGAGGAGCGGGCUGAGCGAAGACAUCGGAGGAAGGUGGCCCGCGCCAACGGCGCCAAACCCAACCCGGACGAUAUGGUUAGCUCGGACGGCGAGUCGUCGGUACAGAGCGGCGCGACGACGGAACGGAAGGCGAGGGCGGGACAUCGGAGGUUGGCGGGGAGUCCCGUGGCGGUCAGUAGUCGGCCGGCGACGCCCGAUCAGGCGUAUGGGGAGGAGAUGAGUGCUGUGGUAUAUCCGAAGCCUGGUGCGGAGGGGUUGAAGAGGGAUGAAGGCGCGUUUGGGAGGGCGAUGGCUGGGCAUUAUUCGGCUGAGAACAAGGUGUGAAGGUGAUUGAGCGCCUCAAGGUGGGAGAGCUUCCUUUCGCUGGCCGGGCCAGCAAGGGAAUGGACAGUGUGCUUGGGACUUCUGUGACUCUGGACAUUG